AUGAACCAACAUUUGAGGAAAGAAUGUCGCACUUUCAAAGCAAAAUUGGGUCCCUUCAACAUCCACCUUAAUCCUGUGGUUACGUUGGCCUCCUCGGCAGUUAUUUGGGGUCUCGUAAUAUGGGCAAUGGUCGACACCGACAACAUAACAAACUACAUGAAAGAAGCAAAACGAUGGAUCACGGAAAAGUUUACGUGGCUCUAUAUUUGCACUCAGGAUGCUUGGUUCGUUUUUAUCAUAAUCGUCUAUUUUUCAAAAUAUGGCAGAAUGAAGCUAGGUCGUGAUGACGAGAAGCCGGAGUUCAGUGACGCAUCUUAUUUCACCAUGUUGUUUUCGGCUGGUAUCGCAAUUGGCUUAUUCUAUUUUGCUGUUAGUGAACCAAUCAGCCACUAUGAGCCCGGUCCUUAUGGAAAUCGUUAUUGGAACAGGUACACAGAUAAUCAGCAAGUGCAAGAUGCUAUAAACGUCACGUUGUUUCAUUGGGGAAUACACGGAUGGAUAGUUUAAACCGUUGUGGGCCUUCUUAUGGCGUUUAUGGCGUACAGAAAGGGUCUUCCAAUGAGCAUACGCUCUUGUUUCUACCCACUCAUUGGCGACAGAAUAUAUGGUUGGAUGGGUGACUUCAUAGACACAAUGUCGGUGAUUGCUACCAUGUUCGGCGUUCGCACAAGUCUUGGUAUUGGUGUCACCUCCAUUAACGCAGCCUUGAAUCGCAUCGAUCCGGAUAUUAAAGAGAAUACUGAUACGCAAAUCGUCUGCAUCUGGAUCAUCACUGCAAUCGCGACAAUUUCGGUAGUAUCAGGACUUAAGAUCGGUAUUAAGUAUAUCAGCGAGAUAUGCUUUACUCUUGGCAUGUUUCUCAUGUUGUUUGUAUUAUUUUACGACGACACGUGGUUCUUACUCAAUCUCUACGUUCAAAGCAUCGGAUAUUAUUUGCAAACGGUUAUCGGACUCGGCUUUCAUACGGACGCCUUUGCGCAACUUGGCAACGCUCCAGACGGGCAUCAGAAUAAAGAAUGGAUGGAUGAUUGGACCAUUUUCUAUUGGGGUUGGUGGAUUGCAUGGUCGCCAUUCGUUGGUAUUAUUGCCAAGAUCUCACGCGGCCGCACAGUUAGGAAUUUCAUUAACGCCACUUUAACGGCACCAAUAAUAUACAGUUUCCUCUGGUUAUGCAUCUUCGGUGGGGCUGGUCUUCGCAUGGAACCUGACGCCAGACUAAAUAACAUCACAAAAGAUUCAGCUUUAGGAGGAGCAAAUUCCACCGCUUCAUACAAUGGGUUGUAGCUACUGAGCGCUCGAAGUUCUCAAGUGAGAUACUUCGACGUGAUCGAUCAGUACGGCGAGAAUCUGAGUGGUUUUCUGCGAGUGAUUUCGCUGAUUGCUAUUGUCCUUUACUUCGUCACAAGCUCAGACAGUGGGUCGUUGAUCAUCGAUUGCUUGUCUGCUAACGGAAAUCCCGAGCCACCAGUACUUCAGCGUAUUUUUUGGGCACUAACUGAGGGCGCAUGCGCUACGGCUCUCCUACACACCGGAGGAACUGACGCACUGACCGCUUUACAGACUGUUUCCAUUGCAGCAGGUCUUGUCUACACUUUCAUUUUAAAUUUUAUGUGCGUCGCACUGUGGCGGGUCAUAAAAGAUGGAGGAGAUGUUGAUCUCAACAAGCGUCAAUUCCCAUCGUCACUUUUUGCCUUCUUUGACUUCGCAACGAAUACAAAAAUGAUACAGGUAGUACUGUCCAUAUUUGCGCCGUGGUGGCUUGCUGGUAAAACGGCCGCAAAGGUUUACGGUACGAGUCCGUUACCACACAUGAUCAGUCUCGGGACCCUGUUCUAUACUUGGAUUUUGUUGCUAAUCUUGGAAGUCGCCGAAGAUGGACUCUUAUACAUUGGUUGGGUGUUACUGUGUGGCUUCUUCGCAUACGUCACUGCCAUAAGAAUUCGUGUUCGAUCCCGUUAUGGUAUCAGGGGUACGAUGAUCGAGGAUGCGACAGCUGCAACGUUUCUGUAUUUCUUUGUCAUUGAACAAAUGCACGAGCUUGUCGACUCGGACGAAGUCGGUGCUCCGACUGGAGAUAAACAUGUAAAAGUGGAGAUAGGCGUUUACAAUACGGACGGACAAAUUGACGAUAUACCCAACGGUCACGCGAAAGACAGUCGUCAUGAUAACACUGCAUUUUGAAUUGUUUAAGUUGGAACAAAUGUUGAGCAGGUUUUAUUUUAGACCUCGCUUAAUGCUAAUAAUGUAACGUUUUACCUUUAUCGGAUUUCCCUUAUUGCUUAUACUCACCAUGCAUGUAUGUUACAUUAAUGUAUGCAGAUAUUAAUUUUUAUUAGUUUUUUAUUGUAAACAAGUUCGAUAUCAAUAGUUAUAUACGCUUUAUCUCUUGAAAACAAAAAAAAAAAUACUGUACGUAGACCACUUUUGAGCAUACUGGCUAUUCAACUGGCACGUUCUACAUUAACCGGUUUGCAUUUUUCCAUUUCGUCUGGUAUUUUUUUCCACGACACCAUAGCUUCAACUUGUAGCUAAAACAAGGUAUUUUGGGAGUGUUUGUAUUUAUGAAAUUUCAUAGAACUUGAUAGCUAAAAAAAUCAAAACUUA